AGUCAUUCAAGUUCAGGCACGAUGAACGGCAUUAUUCCCAAGAGCAAAACAAAAGGCACUGACUUCUGUGCAACUGGUGACUGGCAUUAUUAUAUAAUCCGCUCUGAUCUUGGCUGCUAUAUGAAGACAAGAAAUUUACAACAAGGUUUAGACAUCUCUAUUUUCAGUCUGCACCCUUCCUGCCAAAAUGGAGACCAUUACCUUGGUAGUGAUUCUGACUACUUUUACAUCAUCAAGGGCAAUGAGUACCGCAAAGUCAACAACCUGACGACAGACAGCAAUGCUAAAGUUUACACCCUUCAUCCCAACUGCCGGGGUGGAGACUACUACUUCUCAGCCUCUGGCUAUUUUUACAUUAUCUUCCAAAAAAAGGGCACUUAUCGAAGAACAACAGACAUGACAAAUGACUCAGAGAGUGUAGAAUGCAACCUGCAUCCCACCUGCAGAAACGGUCUCUAUUACUGGGGCGUAAAAGGCGAAAUCUCCUUCCUCAAGCCAGGCUCAAAGUGGGGAGUUGAGUUCUACACCGGUACCGACCUCAGCAAAGAUAACCCCAUUGGUGUCUAUUCUGUUCAUCCUGAUGUUCUUAACUUCCUCCCUGGUGGGCUGUCAGUAACUAUAGGCCCAUCCUUUGGCAUCUGGGAGAAUAUUAAAACUAUAUUUAAUGACAGAAAAUCACCAGUUACAUGGACAAAGAAAAUCAAUAAAAAGGUUGGAUACAAUAAGGAGCAGAUGACCCAGAUCACACACAACUGGAAGAUAGCUGCAUCAGUCUCGAAUGAAUCUGGAGACCUUGCAGGGUUAAUUGCGAAGUGUCAGUUCUCCUUUUCUGCAGAAUAUGGAGGUUCUCAUGUCAGCACUGAAAAUGAAAGCUGGAAUGAAAUGACUGAAGUGGAAGAACAACUCACAUUUGAGCUGAAGCCACAAGAGCGUUUAUAUCUGUGGCAGUACAGAAUGGGUCUUGGUAAAGAACAAGUGUUGUUCUGCCGUGAUUUAAAGAUUGACGAUGAUCCAAACCCUCCAACUGAAGUCCCGCUGCCACCUGCACAAUAAUGAAAACAUAUCAGGAUGCUUUAACUCCAAGGAUAAUCAAGUGCUUCAGUUAAAUGCCUUAAUUAUAACUUCUCUAGUAAUUAUUUAGAUAUCUUUAUGCAUUGCUUAAAAUGAGGCUGGAAUUGUUUAAUAUAGCAAAGAGAUUUUUCAGUUACAGUCAAUGUAACUACAAAUUACAACAAUAUUCAUUAUGGUGUUAUUGAAACUUUGUGUUUAUGAUUAAAAGAAACUGACAGAAUCCUACUUUAAUUUUCAUCAAAUGCAGAUCUUUCAAUAUGGUGGCUAAAUUGGGCUUUGGGGAAAGUUUUGCUAGAAAAAAAAUGGGGGCUUAAUGUAUAUUAUUGUAGAUGUAGUCAGACAUUUUCAUAUUGUAACCGAAGUCUACUGAAGUUUUUGAUUCACAAUUCAUAAAAAGCGCUGCAUUCUGUACUCAUUAUGCAUUUGGUGUAUACAAGCAGGUCCGGCUCCAGCUUUGAGAUGUAAGGUGGGCCAAGUGAAAUUCCUGGUGGGCCCAGAGUUUUAACAUUAUUUUAUUUUUUUCCCCAAACAAAACUUUAUUUUAUAACAAAAGAGGCAGGUCUUGAAAGGGAAUCUUUAUAUUUACAGGGCUCAAUUCAAAGGAGCUUUUCUACAGGUCAUUCUGGUUCAGAUUUUUACUUGCCCUGCAAAAAUUUUCACUGGCCCCACCACACACACAAAAUAUUUUUUUUUUAGUAUUUAAAGAAAUAUAAAGACAAGUAAACAGUCAGUAAUAAAAUAAGAACAAAUUACAAGCAAUAGCACCAAUAAAUACAAUCAGGGCAGGACUGAGGGGUCUGGGGCCCCUGGGCUUGAGAUUAUAUUUGGGCCCAACUUACAAAUGACCUCAACAAGAACAUCAUCAUAGAGUAGCAAAAAAUACACAAAAAUUAAACUACUUUGAGUUUCCUAGAACAAUACUCAACAUGCCUAGCCCAGUCAAAGUUUAGAGCUAAUAUUAAAUAGUUAUUAUAAUACAAUAAUAUACAGGACAUUCUCUCUCAUUUGAGAGAUCAAAACCCUGAAAUAACACUGAGUGAUAAAGCCAGAGAUGAACAGUUCUUUUAACUGUAUUGUCAUAUCUGUGUCCUCUUAUGUCACAUUCUUACAUUUAAUCAACCAAUCAAAUGAGAUCAGCUCAACAAAAUCCAUCUUUGUAUUUACACUUACUGUUUAAUGCAGCUCAGAUGCAGCAUGAAUGGAUUUACACUGCAAUUGCAUAAUCAGCAUUGGGUGUAAUGCGUUAAUAACUAAUUAAUUACUAUAAUAAAUUUUUGGUCAAAAAAAAGUUUAGAUUACUCUUCAUUUCUCUGUAAUUUAAUUAGUUACUUCUGAUGUCAUUCCAUUAAAUACUGUAUAGACUAUACAACAAUUUUAUAUAAAAGUGGAUUUAAAUUUAGUGGAAUUUUGCAUCUUAUGUUAAAAUGUAAUGUAACCUUCUCCCUUUAAAUACUUUUAUCUGUUUGUUCUGGGGUUUUUUGUUGUUGUUGUUGUUGUUUUUUUUAAUAAAAACAGAAUGUGUGUA